AUGAAAAUUUUUGAAGCUUUAAGUAAUGGUGAAAUAUCAAGUGGACGAGGAUUAAAUCAAGAGAUAAUGAUUAAAAGACCAGAAGACACUCGAUGGGGAUCACAUUACAACACUUUAACGAGUUUAGUUACAAUGUUCUUUUCAGUUGUUGAUGUGCUUGAGACAAUUGUGGACAGUAGAUCAAAUUCAGAACAAAAAUAUGAAGCACAGAUUCUAAUGACUUCAAUCUUUUCAUUUGACUUUGUUUUCAAUAUGCAUCUCAUGAAAAAUAUAUUGGGAAUCCCAAAUGACUUGUCUCAAGUCUUACAAAGAAAAGAUCGGGAUAUUGUGAAUGCAAUUAAUUCAGUCAACAUUUGUAAAGGUAGACUACAAGCAAUGAGAGAAUCUGUUUGGGCUUCAUUAUUGGAAAGAGUUUCUUAUUUUUGCAAUAGUCAUGAUAUUGAAGUUCUUAAAAUGGAUGCUAUGUUUUUAGUUCGAGGACGAAAAAGUCAAAAAUCUCAACCAAUUACAAAUUUGCUUCAUUAUCAUGUUGAAGUCUUCUAUACUGUCAUUGAUAUGCAAUUUCAAGUGUUGAAUAAUCGUUUUAGUGAAUUGUUUCUCUGUAUGGCUUGUUUGAAUUCGAGUAAUUCAUUUGCUGCUUUUGAUAGACAAAAACUUAGUCGACUUGCUCAGUUUUAUCCAAAAGACUUUUCAGCUAUUGAACUAUAUAUAUUUAUGGAUCAACUUCAAAAUUACAUUAUUGAUAUACGUUCAAAGUUUGUUGAACUAAAAAGCAUUGGUGAUCUUGCAGUGAAAGUGGUCGUUACAAAAAGAGAUAAGAUCUACCCAUUAAUUUAUCGGUUGCUCACAUUGGCGUUGAUUUUACCGAUUGCAACUGCUACUGUAGAGAGAACCUUUUCUGCUAUGAAUAUUAUGAAGACUCGACUGCACAAUCGAAUGGGAGAUCAAUGGAUAAAUGAUUGUCUUAUAGCUUAUAUUGAGAAAGAUUUAUUGGAUAAGUUAGAUAAUAAACUUAUCAUGAAUCGAUUUCAAAACAUGAAAACUCGUAGAGGACAAUUGUAA